GUGGCCGAUCCAAGCCCAACUGGCCCACACCGGCUGCUGGCUUUGCCUAGUGCUUGUAUCCCGCUUUUAUUUAUACACCGGCCCAUUCACAAGUAAGAUGCACCGCUGGCACGGUAACAGCAGCAAUGCCAGCAUGCUUGCGAAGCGGACAUCGCUUUUGGCGUUUCGGGGGGGGGGCAGAGCACGGUAGCAAGCCCCAAUGCACGUGGGGGCUUGCUACAACGAACAUCCCCUUGAUACUGAUCUGGCAAGCGUCCUGGCAGAGCUGCCUCGGGGAGUUUGCCUCGGCAGCUGCUCAGCGCCUACGUAGACAUAUUCAUUGUUCUGCUGCUUUUCUAUGCCAUAGCGGCCAUUGUCUCCGCAAUACACACCAACUCCAUCACUAUCAGCAGCAGCUCGCGGCUCGCUUGGCCGAGCCUCAAUGUGGAAAUGAGCUGGCUGAUAAUCUUUGAGAUUCCGGAGUUCGGACAAGGGGCUGCCUAGAGCCGCGCAUGCAAUUACUAAUUCCCAUAGGUGCCACUAG